CUGCGCUGCGGCUGCCCUGCCCUGGAGGGGAGCGGGCCGGGGCCGGGGCCGGUCAGCGGGGGCGGGCGGGCCGGGGCCGCAGCCGGUGGGUCGGGAGCGUUUCGGUUCGGCUGUAGCGAGCGCUGAGAGUGCGUUUUGCCAACUUGUGGAAGGCUGCAUGCGCUUAACAGAAUAUCGGAAGCACUUAGGAAGCAAGUUGAAACAUGAAGAACUUCCUCUGAUCCUGGGUAUGAUAAAGGGUAAUGCUGUUAGAUGCAAGUCAAAUAGAAGUUGCAAUGUUGUAUGGGUUGCCCUACUUCAAGUAGCAAAACCAGUGACAGCUUUACUCGGUCACUUUAAGAGAAGGAGUAGCUGUAAGGCAAAAUCUCUUGAGGUUAAGCCACAGAUAAUUACGCUGGCCUUUAACUACUUAGUGUUCAUAUUAUCACAGAAGUGUUCCUGUCAUGUCAUGCUCUCACAGAUGGAGCUGUCUGGCCUUGCUUUUGCUGUUUGGAUGUUUAUUUGCCUCUGUGGACCUCUGGAUGGUUAUCCAAAUGGAAAAAUAAGAGAAGUCUGCAGUAGCAUGAUGCCCCAUCAUGGUAGCUCUCCACAGUUGUCACCUGAGCACAUUAUUACAGUAAAUGGGACUGAAUUUAAACCGGGGGACAGAAUAGAAGUUAAUCUGUCUGGACCAGAUUUUGAAGGCUUUUUCAUACAAGCCCGAGAUGCAGAACACUUGGAUAGCCCUGCGGUUGGUUCUUUUAUAUUAGCUGACCAGAGACUUUCUCAGCUCCUGACGUGUGGCCAUACAAAGAACUCAGCAGUCAGUCACACAAGUAAAGCAAAAAAGAAAUACGUGAAAGUUUAUUGGAUUGCUCCUGGAGAUGCACCAAAACACGUACAGUUUCUAGCCACAGUUGUGAAGAAAUACAAGACUUUUUGGGUAAAGAUUCCUGGUGCCAUUGUUUCUCAGCCUAAUGCACCAUCCCCAACAAUGCCCUUGCACAGAACAUCAGAGACGGUAUCAGCUUCACAUCCAAUUUCCUACUUAACAAAGCCAUUUAAUGCAUCAGGUUGUGGAAAUAAGAAGUUUUGCAUUAGGAACCCUUCAAGCUGUGAUCCUGAAAGUGCUUCCUGUUUUUUUCUAUCCUUCCGACAAGAGAAGAGUUCAGUACUCAUUGAAAUGAGUGGUCCCAGUGAAGGAUAUUUAGCAUUUGCAUUGUCCCAUGACCAGUGGAUGGGUGGCGAUGAUGCAUAUGUAUGUGUUAAUGAGGACCACCACGUUAGUGUAAGCACUGCCUACCUGAAGGGACGAAGUCCUCCUGUUUUAAAUUCAGAGAAUGCCCUUGAAGAUGUGUCAUGGAGGCUUGCGGAUGGUGUUCUUCAAUGUUCUUUCAGAAGGAAUAUUCACCUUACUGCACAUAAAGGGAGGUUUAAUCUGGAUGCCAGUUACUACAUCUUUCUGGCAGAUGGGGAAGCCAGCGAAGGGGGACUAAUACACAAACAUCAUCGUCAGCCUCUGAUCACCAGUGGAAUGUACAAUAUCACAGGCCUCCCGCAGGAUAUUGGAGGUUCCCGCUCUCCCCGACUUAUCAAGGCUCAUGGUGCUCUAAUGUUUGUUGCCUGGAUUACUACAGUUAGCGUUGGUGUUAUUGUUGCACGAUUCUUCAAACCUGUCUGGUCUCAUUCAUUCCUGUUUGGAAAGGAGAUGUGGUUUCAGGUGCAUCGUAUGCUUAUGUUGACCACAGUCAUGCUUACGAGCAUUUCUUUUGUUUUGCCUUUUAUAUACCGAGGAGGAUGGAGCAAACAAGCAGGUUUUCAUCCGUAUCUUGGCUGUACUGUGAUGGCCCUGGCAAUUUGUCAACCUCUUAUGGCAGGUUUCAGACCAUCUCCACAUGCGCCAAGGAGGCAAUUGUUUAACUGGUUUCACUGGAGUACUGGUACAACAGCUAGAAUACUAGCUGUUGUGACUAUGUUCUUGGGAAUGGAUCUGCCAGCACUUGACCUAUCAGACCCAUGGGACACCUAUAUGAUGAUUGGUUUUGUAGCUUGGCAUGUUGGGAUUGAUGUUCUUCUGGAAAUACACAGCUACUGUCUCAUACGUAAAGUUGAAGUGAUAGAGGAUGACAGAAUACAGAUAUUGCAGUCACUCACAUCUGCAGAAGCAGAGGGUCAUCUGUUUAAACAGAUUGUGUUAACCAUCUAUGUCUGUGGAAAUAUAGUGUUCCUCAUUGCCUUCCUGGCAGCAAUCAACCAAAUCUGAAAUAAGUCCGUCUAUGGAAGUCAUUGGUAGUUCUGUCAUGAAAUGCUGUGCAAUUGAAAAACAAGGAAUCCUUUAUAUUACAACUUCUUCCUUCACACUGCCCUGAAGAUGUAAUUGAACAAUAAUAGCACAUAUGCAUCAUAUUCAGUGUUAGGGAGAAUUGCAUUCAAAUCUAUAGAAGGAUCCUGCAGUCCUGCCAAAGCUGUAUUCUGAUGUGAUUUUUUAGCAGAAGUCUUUGCCCGAGUAAGGAAUGAUGUUUAUAUUUUAAAUGUAGUAAUUUAACUGAUUGCAGCUUAUAAGUUAAGAAGACUGAGAAGAUGUGCUGAAAACACUGUUUUGAUAGUCACAGUUCCCUAAACCUUUUGUGAAUAUUAUUGAGAAAACUGAAAAGACUGAUCCCAGAUCUAUCAUAUCUGUUUACGUUACUUGUGUUCUAAUGGCAUGUGAUGUGACAACUUGCUGCUUGUGAUAGUCUUGUGUGUUACGAAAAAAAACCAUAGUGAAAAACUGUCACAAUUGCAGGUUGAUGCAUUGGAUCAAUGUUGUCCUGUACGUUUGCAUUUAAAUGCAAAAACUAUUCUCUGUGCUCUGAGAGCAGUAAAAAUACAAGCAUAUGGGUUUGGGAACUUCAGUCCUUUACUAAAGCCACCAUUUGCAUCACUCAAAACACUGCUCUGGCCCCUCAGUAUUUCUAAACCAUAAAGAGAAAGUAUAUUUGCAAUACAAGUGCACUUAUAAACUAGUCGUGCUGAUCAAAAAAAAUUCAAACAGAAGGAAACUAUCAUACGGCAUGCAUGGAUUUCUGUAUUUCGCUGUCUCUGGCCACUUGUGAUUUCUGAGUUACUUUUCUGAAUGAGUGAGAUGGACGUAUGCUGCCUCAUGGCUAAAUGGAAGUGAAAAUGUUUGCUCAGUAAAGUUGCUGUUGUAUUUGAUUGCAUUGUUGAGUGAAAUGGAGAUUAGAAGUUGGUUUGACUUCAGGAAAAGUAGCUUCUGUCAGUGUUAAAUGAGAGUCCUCUGAGCUGGCAUGUGUAGGAGACUUAAUUGUCUUUAUAAGAAUGUGGGAGGGCAUUUUUAGCCACUAAAAGAUUAUCUAAAUAAUAUGAACCAGGUGAGGGAAUGGAAAGAGAUUAUAUUCUUUAAUUUGCUUAAUUAUGGAAGGAAAUUUUAAACAGAGUCUUAGAAUUGCACCCUUAAUAUGCCAUGCAGUACAGUGCUUUGCAGGCAAAGCAGUACACCAGUUCUUGCAGCCCUGAACAGUUUGUUUUCAUGUUUCAUUAUUGUUUUUGAUAAUCUUGAAGGUAUUGAUUUAGCUGUAACACCCUGGAAUUUAGCCAGGGGCUGGUAAGCUACCUGGGGAAAAGAGGUGCUGGGAGAAUUGGAUAGAAUAAUAGUGGAGAUGGAGCCUGGCUUGGCAUAGACCUUUUCAGCAGCAUCCUUCUGCUUCCUGAUGGCCUGGUCUAAAAUAUUGAUGCAUGUGGGUCAGGUGGUGGUUCUCUCCACUUAAUUAAACUGUCUUCUUUCUCUUUCUUCAUCUCCCCAAAUCCACAAUGCAGCUAGUUGCAGAAGCAGUUCUACCGCAAGCUACAAGCCAAUGCUCGUUGUGCUGUAUCUUCUUCCUUUUGACUGCUCCAGUAACCAGAUUAGCUGUAAGAGCAUGUACAGAGCUGUGAUUAAUCCUGUUGUAAGCAGCACCUGUAGGCUGUGAGUGGGUGUAAGUUGAGUUGUCCCCUUUCUUCUCAGCUGGAAGUCAUUUGUAGAUAGAGAAGGGGAGACUAUGAAGAGCUGUGGUAAAACCUAGGCUGAAAGGCAAGAAGUAUAUGACUGAUCAUGUGGAUUUUUGUUGGUGGGUGUUUUUUCUACUGUGUGGUGUUUUUUAACCAGAGUUUUGGAGGACUGUUUUUUGUAUACUAUGAGUUUAUAGAAGAAAAUCUCUCAAUCCUAGAUGUGAUUGGUGGCUUUUUAAAUUAAAGUCAAUGCCAAAUUCUUUCUGUAAUUUGAUAGUUGUACUGUAUUGUUCUCCUGCGACAAUUAAUAGAGGGUUUUUAAAACAUGAAUGAAAAUACCUGAAUUCAA